AUGCAUGACCACAUGGAUCACGUCACAGGCUUGGAGAAACGCGAACUGUUGGCACAUCUCGCCGGCGAUUGCGACCCAUUUCGUAUGCUUGCCAUUAAAAAAGGGCCAGGAACUUAUGAAUGUCCCAACUUGAUCCCGAGCGCCUUCAACAAGCGCAUUGUGGGCUGCGUUUGCCACCCGGACACAAACCACAUCGAGUACAUGUGGCUACAUCUAGGCGAGCCGAAGAGGUGCGGCUGCGGCUAUUGGUUCGAACUUUGCCCUAUAGCACCAUUA